AUGAUGGCAAUUUCCAACACUGUUUUACUUGUGAUUUUAAUUAUCACUUUUGUAUUAAUACUUGGUAUAUUUUUUUUGGUGGGCUUUUGCUUUGCGUCUUGGUGCCCGUUCUUGUGUAUUUGUUCAAAAAGAAGAAAGGCAAGAGUAGCUUUAAAAAACAUUUUAAUGAAUCGGUCUAGUUCUUCUAAUUUGGUUUCACAACCUUGCAAGAGAUUGAAUGAUCUAGAGAAUCAACCGGUUGCAAUAGAGCGAAAUACCGAUAGUGCUUCAAAUAUUGCCUUGAAAAGUUAUCCAAUGGAUUCAAACCAUUCAGCAAAGAUCUGCAAUGCAACUCAAUCACAAAUUUGUGACGGGAAUUCUCCCAACGUUGAUGAAACUCAUGAUCUGGAUUUCAAAAGUGUUCUAGAUAAUUUUGAUAAAUCUGAAUCUUGUAUUUCACAUAAUUUUGUAGAGGAAAGUCGUAAUGAGUCAGAUUUGAUGCCAACUUUGAUUGCACACCCAUCACAAAAUGCAGAAUCAAUAGUUCAAAGUGAAUUUGAUACGUAUUCACUUACUUUAUUGUUACAAUAUUUAAUACAAACUUCUACAAAACCUGAUGAUCAAGCAAUUAGAAAAGUCAGUGAUCCGUUUCUGGACAAUUAUAUCAGUGUUGGUGAAAAAGUUGUUAUUGUGAAAUCAUUUAUUGGGAAAACUGAUACUGAAUUUCCAUCUUUACAAACCGGUGAUUUAUUAAGAAUUAUUAAAUUUAUUGUUCGUGACAGUGAUGAUUCAGAUGAGGCAACGGGCUCUAUCAAAUCUAUGCGAAUGGCACCUAAAUCCCCCACCAGACCCAGACCCAGAUCCAGGAAUCAAAAACAAAAACAAAAACAAGAUUACCAACCCACCUCAGCGAUCACCCUUGAGAGUUCCAAUGAAUCAUUCUCGAGUGAGAUUAUAAUUAACAAGUCUAAUCCCAUCCACAAAAACAUAUAUUGUGUAGGGUUGUUACUCAAUUCUUAUCUAGAUUUCAAUAACGAUCAAUUGAACUUGGAAUUAAAGGUUCAAGAAACUUCCAGCGAAGAAGAAGAAGCAACUGAGGAUUUGAUUAAAGAGUUUCCCUUGAGUAUAGUUUCUUUGGAGACAACUGUUGUCAAAUCAGUAUUGGCGGGGGAAGUAGGGGAAGAAGAAGAAGAAGAAGAACAAGCUCAGAUGAACUAG